AUGCAAUGGCUCUGGCUGCUGCCGGGCUUAGUCGCCGGGAUCGCUCCCAUUGGGAGCCCCCUGGGACCCUCAGGCUCCCGCCCAGGAGCGCGCGGAUCUGCGGUGCAUUUCACGUUCCCUUUGGUGCGCUGGGUCAGACAAUACUGUGACCUGGCCAACUAUCCGGGAGCUGUGCCGGAGGAGGAGGAAGUGGAGUAUGUCCGGGGCAUGUCCCGAGCUUUACAGAGCAUUGAGAAUGCAAGCGGCCACUUGCAUUGGCGGUUUGUGCGAACUGGCUGGCUGCUGGGCAGCAUUUCUGCAGAACAUCUGGGCCCAGCGUUGCUGCGCUUCGUCUCUGCAGGAGUGAUUGGAGACGUGGCCAUCUCGAUGUGGCAAGGGCUUUGCCGCCAGGCGUUGUCGCAGAUUCGGGCCUUCUACACUGUGUGGCUCAACCUUCUGCAGGCCGUCGGGUUUCAGGAUAAGCCGACCGAAUACGGCAAAAAGAUGUGGGAGACUGGAAGUGCGAUGAGCACUUACUGGCUGCGCAAGGAGGCCACUCAGCCGACGUAUCUGCAGGAGCAGCAGCUGGCGAUUCUUUUCAGAUCCGUGGUGGCGAUCAACUCCGGCCCCCCGUUCUUGGUGCCGUUUCAGGAGUUGGUCAUGCCAGAGAUGGACCAAGUACUGGGAGAUUUUGCCUGCUUGCCGAAGCGCAUUGUGACGGCGAUGGUGUGCGGCCAGUACUGGAUGCACAAAGGAGAUGCCGCCACAGCGAAGGAGUGCUUCAAUGCCGCAAGCCAAAUGUUGGUGAUGAGCAUGGACUGUUUCGACAAUGCCCUGCGGAGUUUCAUCAAUGAAGAGGUCCCCAACUCGAGGUGGCUGCAGUUCCAGGAGCUGUUUGCGUACAUGUCCCAAAUCGAUGCGGCAGUUCGACCUUUCCACGUGCCACGAGAUCUCAUUCCAAAAUCUGCGGCCAUGGUGAGCCGUGAACCACAACCACGAUCUUUGAUGAUCCCGGUGGAGCACAGCGUGAUGUCACUGCCUCCUCUGUGCUUGCAUACCCACAGCAGUGAGCUUCACCUACGUGUCCAAGGCAUCCCUCAGGAGCAAAAGCUGUUCAUUUACGACUUCACUGGGGCGUGGUCGCUGCACCGCGUUCACUUGCUUCAACCGCUGGACCUCAAAUCGAUGGACUACACCGGACACAGGGCGGUCUUCAUUGGAGCCGACGUUCCAGCUUGGUGCUUAG